AGACAAUGUGAAUUGCUCCAAAAAAAUAUAUUCAAAGUGGUGUAUCAUCAUUGAAGCUAGUCAUGCUUGAACAAAUUUCUGUUAAUUUACUUGAGAUACAGACAUUUAUAAAUGCAGUGCUAAAAUGAUACAUAAGUGAUUUUGUGUACUAAUUGAAAUUACUGGUAACAAGAUGUUUUGAUGUUGAUGAUGUUGACAAUAAUAAACAGUGGUUGCUGAUAAAUAUUUGUGUUAAUAAUUAUCAAAGUGCUUGUGUUGGUGAAAUUGUGCUGUGUCUGUUGACAAAUGAUUUUAAUUACUUGGAUCUCUCUUGGAUCACCUUGGAUCUACUUGGAUCUACGUGGGACCCCAAUCUAAAAGCUAAUUUAAUCAAACCUUGGAAUACCUAUUGGAAUCAAAGACAAUUACGAAUGUAUUGUCAUUCAUCAAAUAAUAAAAAUGCUUACAUAACAACUCCAAUAUUUUACGUAAAUGCUGGACCACAUCUUGGACAUCUUUACAGUGCAGCAUUGGCUGAUGCAUUAGCAAAGUAUCAUGAAAUGCAUAAUUAUAAAGUAUUUUUUUCAACUGGUACUGAUGAGCAUGGUAAUAAAGUACGUGAUGCUGCAUUGUUAAAUAAAUUAUCACCAAAAAAUUAUUGUGAUAAUAUAUCAUUGAUGUUUAAAAGUAUGUGUGAUAAUUUUGGAGUUGAUUAUACAAAUUUCAUAAGAACAACUGAUGAAAAACAUCAAUUGGGUGUACAGCAAUUUUGGAAAAAUCUUGAUGAUGGUGGACAUAUUUAUAAAGGCAAAUAUUCCGGAUGGUAUUGUUUAUCAGAUGAAGCAUUUGUUCCAACAAAUGAACUUGAAGAAAUUAAACAAUCAAAUGGAAUUGUACAAAAAAUAUCUUCAUCAUCUGGUAAUACAGUUGAAUGGAUGGAAGAAGAAAAUUAUAAAUUUAAAUUAAGUAAUUUCCAAGAUGAUUUAAAAUAUUGGCUUAAAGAUUUAUCAGUUGUUAAGCCAAUUAAAUAUCAUAAAAUAUUGUUGUCAAUGAUUGAUGAAGGCUCAGCUAUGAAUGACUUGAGUAUAUCAAGACCAACAUCGCGAGCACCUUGGGGUAUUAAUGUACCAAAUGAUGAUUCACAAACAAUUUAUGUUUGGCUUGAUGCACUUGUUAAUUAUUUAACAUCACUUGGUUAUCCUGAUGAUAAAUAUAAAAAUUAUUGGCCACCUACUAUUCAAGUAAUUGGUAAAGAUAUAUUAAAAUUUCAUGGAAUUUAUUGGCCAGCUUUUCUGAUAGCUUCUGGAUUAGAACCACCAAAAACUUUACUUUGUCAUUCACAUUGGACAGUUAAUGAUGAAAAAAUGUCAAAAUCAAAAGGCAAUGUUGUUGUUCCUGAUGAUGCUGCUGUUAAAUUUACCAAUGAAGGCUUAAGAUAUUUUUUAUUACGAGAAGCUGUUCCUCACAAUGAUGGCAAUUAUAAUGAGGAUAAAGUUAGAAAAAUAUUAAACACAGAAUUAGCAGAUACACUGGGUAAUUUAGUCAGUAGAUGUAUGGGAAAAAUUGUAAAUCCUCAAGGAAUAAUACCACAACUUGAUGAUAAACAUUUGCAAUUAUUAAAAUCAAAUGAUGCAAUUAAUCUUGUUAAUAGUUUAAAAUCAUUAUCAUCAUUAACUCAAGAAGCUUAUGAAGAUUUUAAUCUUCAUCAUGUCGUUGAUUUUACAAUGAACAGUCUUAGGCUAUCAAAUAAAAUGAUUGAAACACACAAACCAUGGGAACUUGUUAAAAAUAUUAAUGAAAAUAAUAAUUUUAAUAAAUUAGAAGCUGUACUUGCACUUGGUCUUGAAUCAGUACGUAUUAGCUCACUAAUUCUCAAUCCAAUUAUACCAAAAUUAACAUCAAAUUUACUGGAUUAUCUUCAAGUUCCAAUUGAUGCUAGAAAAUGGAAUAAUACAAAUUUUUUAAUAACUGGAAAAUUAAAAGAUCAUCGUUAUCAAAAUGAUGAUGUUAAAAAUAUGAUAUUUUUUAAAAAACUUAAAUUAUAAAUUGUCGAAUAAAUAUUAUUGUUCAUGUUUUUU